UAACUAGUAAUACGGAACAUGUUUCGUGUACCCCACCCUAGCUUACUCCCACUCACAAACUUCAUGCAAGAAAGAGUAUACGGACAACAUUUGAUGCCCCUGUGCACAAAAUUCCUCCAUGGUGGGAAUCAGUAAUCUGAUUUUGUUUGGAGUUUAUGCUUGUCCUGGCAUUCAGUCAGUAAUUGGCGGCGUGACUGAAAUUCUUUGCUGUGCAUUGGAGACUAUGUGAUGACGAGUACAUGGUAUCGCCUAGCCAUGGCACAGAAUGAGUAUGCACUGUCUGAACGCCUAAUCCGUGCCAUCAGUGGCUGGACUAUCAACCCUCAGGAUACCGUUGAAAGCUUAAUUGCUGAAGGAGCAAACAUCAACCGAGCUCAUGGUACCUUACUGCCACUCCACUGUGCAUGUAUGGCCAGCGACAGUGAAUGUGUCAAGUUAUUGUUGAAAAGCGGUGCUGAGGUUAAUCGUGUUGAUGGUUAUGAGCGUACUGCCAUACAUUAUGCCGCAGAGAAGGACAUGGCUUGUUUGUGUGUUCUCCUGGAGUUUGGGGCUGAUAUCAAUUCCCGGGAUGGGAACUAUGACACACCCUUACACUGGGCCUGCUUCCGUAAUAAUGUAGAAAGCACUAGAGUUCUUCUUGAGCACAGUGCAUUAGUAGAUGCAGUGGAUUUCAACCAUGACACACCACUGAAUUGGGCCUCCCUGAAGGGCAACCUGGAAUGCAUAACACUACUGCUUGAAUAUGGUGCUGAGACACACAUCAGCAACUGUAAUGGUAUAUCGCCUUUGCACCGUGUCUGCAGUCUGUUUGCCAUGGGCUUGAGCAGAGAUCGGGACCGCCGGUGCCUGGACAUCCUGGCCCAGGCCACGGGCCAGAUUGACCUGCGCGAUCACAAUGGUGAGUUCCCAAGUGUUAUCAGUAACGACUCAGAACUGAAGACCAUCAUUACGGGUAUUUGUUGCUCGCCUCGUCUCCUACGACAGCUCUGUCGGUACAGGAUUCGUCAGUCCUUGAUCGGUGGAAACAGACAGAAAUUGAUGGGACAACUGCCUCUUCCUGCUCCUCUUCAACGAUAUCUUCUCUUUCAGAAUGGUGAAUGAUCAUAUUUGUAGCUUUGCUACUCAAAGUAGCAAAGUAUACAGAAAACAAACCAUUUGCCAUUUUGUCAUGUUGUGGCCAAUUAUCAUAUGACUGAUUUUAGAAUGGAAUCAGACAUGUGUGUGGGUAAUUUUGUGGUCUACCGCAAUGAUGACAGAAACCAUACUGUUGAUCUAGAGAUAAACUAAAUUGGCAAAGUAAAAAAUGUGCAUGUAUGAAGUAGGUAAUAGUUUUGCACUUUAUCACUGUGGAGUCACCCCUUGAGUAGGAUGGUCAUUACACAACCACAUUAAACAAUUAACUUUUUUAACCUGUUCAAACUUUACAUCAUAUUUCUUUCUCCCCAACACCUCCCCCCCCCACUGUAUAGAGUGCAUGGUAGCCAUCUUGCAGGGCAGUUCUUUUGUUCCACCGGCAAACCUCUUUUGGGCAUACCCUGUGUAGCAAAAGCACUGGCCUGCUAAGUAGAUCAUAUUUUGCAACACAUUUUGUUGGUUGUACCUGCAUGUAUAAUUUGGUCUUGCUUAUUUUAUUAAGGCUUCCACUGAACCUGCUGUUUUCAACGUUGUUUUAAGAUAUAAAUCUCCUAAUCUCUCUAAAUAGUUUUUCAUCUGGAAGUGUAUUAAUAUUGAAGUUCAUAUUUUUCGAGAAUGGUACUAGUCUAGGCAGAUUAAAUAUUCAGUCACACUGUACAUGAAUGUGCAAUUUGAAGCAGUGGAAGCUUUUGGAAUGGGACAUUGGAUCAGUUUGCUGUUGAUCUUUGUCUCGUGCUUGUUGUGCAGUCCAUGCGUUGACACACACAACUGCCUUUCGACUUUCAAAAUUCUUUUCAUGAAAAAAAAAAAUGAAAUCUGACACACCCCUCAGUUUACUUCACCUUCCUGCUAGUAAGCCUUGAAUUGUCUAACUGUUCUAUCCAUUUUUAAAAACUGGGCUUUGUUGUUUCUAUUUCGGUUUUGUUUUUAAACCAGAAAGUUACUGUAUUUUGAAGAGUGUCAUAUUUUGAGAAGCACUAUCAAGCAGAACCCUGCUGUAUUUUAAAAGUGGUUUUUGGCAAAUGCAAGGAGCCUGAUUUGAAAAGCGUAAAAGAUUGUGCAUUUUAUUACAUUCUGUGGGUGGUCCUGUGUGUCCCUGUAGUUCAUGCAUUUAUUCAUGAUGCAUGUAAGUGCUGUGUUUUCACCUGUAUUGUCUUCUUCAUCAAGAAUAUUUAUUGAAAAUGCCGAGUAUAUUUGAAUAUCUAAUUGAAUAUUUAAUUUUUAUAUAUGAAACUUAUUUUGUUUAUAGAUGUUGCUGGUAUCCACUUCUGUACUCAAGGUCAUGGGUCAGAGCUAUUUUCCUCGAACUCACUCUUGAUACUUUUUCCUAGCUAAUUACAUGUACAUGUAUAUAUACCCAGGUCACUUCCUCAUGUGUGUUUCAAUUUUCAUGGGUAAGGUUCAACUCGGCCCAUUGCCCACCUGAAAGCUUGCUAAUUGAGAUCUUGCUUGUCUGGAAGUAAAUAAACACCUUGGGUGCGUGUAACAAGCACUAA